AUGAAUGAAUCACUACUAACGAGAAUUGCUCGUAUGACCAAAAAGUAUGCCACCUUCAUUGGUCCAGGGUUGGUAGUUAGUGUCAGUUAUAUGGAUCCAGGUAAUUAUCUGACAUCUGUUUCUUCAGGAUCGAUGUAUCAGUACAAAUUAUGUUUUAUCAUAUUUAUGGCAAACGUGUUUGCAAUUAUCUUACAAGCAUUAUGUGUCAAGUUGGGUACAAUUACUGGUUUAGAUUUGGCUGAAAUGUGUCGUAUGAACUUGAAUCCGAAAUUAAAUCUUUUCAUGUACUUUUGUGCUGAAAUUGCAAUUAUUGCAACCGAUUUGGCAGAAGUUGUUGGGACAGCCAUUUCUUUGGAGAUCUUAUUUGGAAUUCCAUUAUUAUAUGGGGUGUUGAUCACUGUCUUAGAUGUGUUGAUUAUCUUAAUGGCAUAUCGUAAAGAUGGGACCAUGAAACAAACCAAAGUAUUUGAAAUUAUUGUUUCUAUAUUAGUAGCAGCCACUUGUGUAUGUUUCAUUAUCGAAUUGUUUAAAUGUGAUUUUAAACCUGGGUCUGGAUGGGAAAUUUUCAAGGGAUUCUUGCCUGUCGACAAACAAAUUUUCCAAGAGUCCAUGGCGUUGUUUUUAAGUUGUGGUAUUGUUGGUCUGACAGUCAUGCCACAUUCUUUAUACUUGGGAUCUGCUUUAGUUCAACCAAGAUUAAAAGACUACGAUGAAAAACAUGGUGUUCUCAAGAUCAACGACUCCUCAGAAGCCAGCUCAAUAAGCAGUAACCAUCAUACUAGAGAACUCCAACCAGUCGAGGCAUCAAGAUUACGUAGAAUUUCAGAUGGGUCACUUUUAUCACGCAAAUACAAGCCUUCAUAUGCUGCAAUCAAGUACUGUUUGAAUUAUUCCUACGUUGAGUUGGUUUUAUCUUUAUUUCUUGUGGCCGUAUUUGUUAAUUCAGCUAUUUUGAUUGUUGCAGGAUCCACGUUAUUUGGUAAACCAGAUGCAGCAGAUGCAGAUUUAUUAUCAAUUUAUGAAAUGUUGUCGUUUUAUAUUUCUCCUGCAGCCGGUUUAGUGUUUGCAUUAUCCAUGUUGUUCUCUGGUCAAAGUGCUGGUAUUGUUUGUACUAUGGCAGGUCAAAUCGUCAGUGAGGGUUUCAUCAAUUGGACAAUCGAACCUUGGAAAAGAAGGAUAGUAACUAGAGUCUUGGCUAUUUUACCCGUUAUUUUUGUGGUGGGUAUAUUAGGUAGAGAAGGUGUAUCUAAAGUUAUGAAUUCUUCCCAAGUUGUUUUGAGUUUUAUCUUGCCGAUUGUCAGUGCUCCAUUGAUUUAUUUCACUUCAAAGAAAGAAUACAUGACUGUAGUGGAUACAUCAUCAGAAACUGAUGAAUCAAGUUACUUGUUAGCUGAAACCCCACAACAGAAAACGAUAAGUUUUGAGAAUGGUACUUUCCUUCGUGUUGCAAGUAUCCUUACUUGGGUUAUCAUCACCGCAUUGAAUAUUUAUUUAGUUAUAGCAUUUGCUAAUGGAGCAGAUAUCUAG